UUGAGACCUUUCAAGCAUUUCAAUUACUGUGAUUUAUUCACUACCCAGGUGUGAAAGGAAAUAAUUUUCCCACAAUGAGGAUCGAUAUUUUGCUGGUAGUUGCAGCUCUGCUGGGAUCGGUGUAUUCAGAUACAGAGUGUUUCAGAUCGAUAUUUACUAAAUGCAGUCGACAAGUUUUGAAUCCUGGUAACUUAGACACGAGGCCCUCUCUUUGUGACGAUUUGAGGAACCAAAUGGUCUGCAUCGCCGACAGAGCACUCCUGUGCGACAUGCGCUUCUUCCGAGAGGCAUUGCGGGUAGGAGCGAUCUAUGACGAAAUAUGCGCCGAAGGAGAUUUCAACAAUAUAUUAUUCGAACGCGAAAAGGAAUGCUACAAGAAAGCCAUCGAUCAUAAAGAUUGCACCGAUCCGAUUGAAGAAAUCUACAAUCAUACCACUCUGGACACGAUAAUCAGAGGAAACCAGGAAGCAUGCGGAGUGCUGAAUUUCUAUAAAAGUUGCGUUAUCGAAAGGGUUGAGGAACAGUGUGGAGCACCAACUCUAGAUUUCUUUUCCUACCUGUUUGAUGCCCACAUAAAACUAGCCCGAGGGGUUUGCCACGAGGUUAUUCUUCCAGCAGAUGAGGAUGACAAUAGCCCGGACAACUUGGGACGUCUCAACCCCUUUCAAAUUGUAACUCCACUGUUCAUGUUUGAAUAAACCAUUGCUGAAGUUGCAAAUAAAAUCAAUAAAAAUCAA